UUAUUUUAUUCUAUGCCUAAAGAUAUUGCUAUCUAAUGUUGUUUAGUUAAAUAUAGUUUGUAAUAAAAUUGUCAUAGUUUUACCCAAUUUAUGCAUAAAAUAUAAAAUAAUAUUCAAUGGAGUGCAGCAAAUAUUUAAAUGGUUUGGUGCCUUGCCGUAAGCAUACUUUAAAAGAUGUUUGUAGUGAAUUGGCGCAUCACCUUGAAGAGUGUCUUCCAGAGGGAAACCCUUCAAUAAGAAAAAGGUUCUAUAAUCGUUUAACUGUCCUUUUGAAACAGUCAUACCCAACCUAUACUUUUGGAGAAGAGGGUGCAUUUGCUUUGGUACAAAGAGUUCAUGAUAUGGAUCAUAUUCGUUGUUUGGUUAGGAAUAUGAAGUGUUCUCUGCCAUAUUCAGAACACAAAGAGCACCUGUUCCAUCCAGAAAUUAUCAUGGACGAAUUUGAAAGAAUGGGCAUUGUUUCCAAAGAAGCUGCAUUAGAGAGGCUAUUGCAAGUCGUUGAAAAGUUGUAUCCAAGUUUAGAUAUUCCGUCUGCCCUAAUACGAUUUCAUAAGAACACUACCAGAAAAGGAGUGUUGUGUCCAAUUGUUAUUGCUAGUUCUGAAGAUAACGUCUCUUCUCCUGGGCCGCAACUCAUUUUAGGAGAGAAAAUAACAUUUGUUGAUAAAGGGAAAGUAAUUGCGAUUGGUCAUCGGCAUAAUGAUUCCCUACACGUGCUUCAAUUAAUUGCUUAUUAUUAUAUUAUGGACUUGUCGUACCCGAGAUCGUUGCAGCAUUACGUCUUGCAAAUACCAUUUGCUUGUACAAAUAAGCUUUGGUUAAAAAAAUGCCGAGUCUUGUAAAAGGUUUUGUUGUAUUUUGCAACUGUUCAACUCUUCGAAUAAAAACAUUAAGACAAUUUAAAAUUAAAUAUUUAUGUUUGAUGAUGGUUACUUUUUAUACAAAUAAAAUAUAAUUUU